AUGAAAAGUGCCAUCCUCAGCGUUGCCGCGCUGGCUACCAUCGCGAUUGCACAUGGUGACCACGCGAACCAAAUCCCCAUUGCCGGUCCCCAUAAAGCUCUGUGGUAUAACACCCUUCCAGGAGAUGGUGGGACCCAGGCUGACUCUGUCUUCUCUGGAAUCUCGACCUUCGGUCGUCUGCCGUACUUCCCCUGCCUGGCGUCCGACGAGGUGAAAUAUGACAUUGCGUUCAUCGGAGCCCCCUUCGACACGGGAACCUCAUAUCGCCCGGGGGCCCGUUUCGGCCCAUCAGGAAUCCGUCAAGGUUCUCGCCGUCUCAAUCUUUAUGGAGGCUACAACGUCCCAUUGGAGACCAACCCCUUCAGCAGUUGGGCCACAGUCCUGGACUGUGGAGAUAUCCCCGUCACCUCAUAUGACAACACCUGGGCUCUCACACAAAUCGAAGAGGGGCAUAACUCAAUCUUAACACGCGCCCCUGCCACCGACGCAAACAAGAAAGGGCCUUCAAAGAAUGGGAAAACAUUGCCUCGAGUCAUCACCCUCGGCGGAGACCACACCAUCACCCUCCCUCUGCUCCGCUCCAUCAACCGGGCUUACGGUCCUGUGUCGGUCAUCCACUUCGACUCUCAUCUGGACACUUGGAAGCCCAAAGUCUUUGGCGGCUCCCCGAGUAAGGUUGCUAGCAUCAACCACGGUACAUAUUUCUACCAUGCUGCGCAGGAGGGCCUGCUGGCCAACGACACGAACAUCCAUGCUGGUAUCCGUACGACUUUGAGCGGUCCCAGUGACUAUGAAAAUGACGGGUACUGUGGAUUUGAGAUUGUGGAGGCCCGGGAGAUUGAUACUAUUGGCAUGGAUGGUAUCAUUGAGAGGAUCCACGCGCGCGUUGGACACGACAAGCCUGUGUACCUGUCCAUUGACAUUGACACUCUUGAUCCAGCUUUUGCACCCGCCACUGGCACCCCCGAGACCGGCGGCUGGUCCACACGGGAGCUCCGAACCAUCUUGAGAGGGUUGGAAGGUAUCAACAUCAUCGCUGCUGAUAUCGUUGAGGUUGCGCCUGCUUACGACACCAAUGCUGAGCACACCACCAUGGCUGCUGCCGAUGCCUUGUACGAGGUCAUGAGCUUGAUGGUCAAGAAAGGGCCACUCAGUAAGAUGAUUUCGAGCGACGAGGAAGAGAGCAAGGAUGAGAUGUAA